CGCGGGGACACGGACAGAGGUGAAAGAAGAAUUCUUGGUAAACCACGUUAAAGCCCAGGCUGUCCAAAUGCCCGCUCCCACCCUCCAGCCUGCCCAGCUCCGUGAGUAACCUUAACUGGGAACCCGCUGUUACUCUGAGCAAGAGCUGUGCUCGCCUCGUGCUGCUGGGUGAGAAAUUCUUCUUCUGGAGGAGGAGGACGGCAGUGACACUUGAAGCCUGCUGGAAUCGCUGGCUGUCCUGGCARAGAGCCCGCAGGAGCCUUCGGACUGGAGCUCUGCAGAGGGACGGUGCCGCUGGAGGAGGUGGCAGAGCCCUGGUAGCCAGAAGAACCUUUCUGAGUGGCUUUUAGAGCCACCUCGAAAAGCCAGAUCUGUGCUUCAGCAUCCCUUUAAGCUUCUGCCUUCUUUCCUUCACCUGGUUUUAUCCCUGCUCCAUCACAGCAGCCGUGCUGCUGGAAAAAAACAACUGGGAAAAGAUGCACUAAGGCGUCACAGACCGAGGGAGGAAAGCUGGGAUCCUGCCCCGGUGGCUGCUGCACCGCCCAGCGCUGGAGAGGAGYGGAGCCAGAGGCAACUGCUGCCAUUCCCAGCUCCUGCCGUGUCCCCGUGCUCGCUGUCCCCCGUCCCUGGACUCCUCUUGAUGGGGAUCUCUGCCGCAGGAUCCGGCUCUGCGGUGGCGGGCGGGCGCGCAGGGGUGGCAGAGGUCGCUCCCCGAUGCUGGAAAGGCCGCUCGGAUAAGCUGCUGGCAGAAGAUCCCUUGUGGAGCAGCUGCUGGCUGUAGGCCCAGCGAGCCAAGGGUCAGCAAAGCCUGGCCUGCAGCAUGACUUCCAAGCUGGAGCAGAAGGAGCCCCCCCAGGCCAACGGGGCCGUGGUGCCCGGRGAGCGSCCGGCCGGCCCGGAGCCCGCGGAUUUCCUGGGGGCUGACGGCGCCGGGGUGGAGGUGGUGGUGCUGGAGUCGCGGGCCAACGCCAAAGGGGUGAGGGAAGAGGAUGCCCUGCUGGAAAAUGGCAGCCAGAGCAAUGAGAGCGAUGACACCAGCACGGAGCGGGGCCCUGAGCCUGCCUCRCCCCUCAAGGAGACCUCCUUCUCCAUCGGCCUCCAGGUGCUCUUCCCGUUCCUCCUGGCYGGCUUUGGGACCGUGGCUGCUGGGAUGGUGCUGGACAUUGUGCAGCACUGGGAUGUUUUCAAGUACGUGACUGAGGUGUUCAUCCUGGUCCCUGCUCUGCUGGGGCUGAAGGGGAAYCUGGAGAUGACGCUGGCAUCGCGCCUGUCCACGGCUGUGAGCACCCAGGGGGCUGGGGAGGGGAUGGACCCCGGGCUGGGCGGGGUUUGGGGGUGGGGGAUGGCUGGUGUGGGUGGCAACCUGGUGGCAGUGCAGGCCAGCCGCAUCUCCACCUACCUGCACAUGAGUGGGCUGCCYGGAGACGGCCCCGAGGCACUGCCCAGGAGGUGCCCCAGCCCCUGCAGCACCUUCUUCAGCUCAG